AUUUAAAGUGAUGUUUAAAUAAUUCUACAGAAACUUUGGGAUUUUAUGUGCUUUUUCAGUUGCAGCUAUAAUUUUGAUGACGUUCACGCGUUAGAAAAUAAUUGCACAAAUUCGCACGAGCAACAACGUGAAAUCACAACCAGAAGACAUUAAUACGCAUGACGAUAAUCGAUCAAACGCGUCGCUCAGCUUAUGGCUCUUCCUGACUUUUGGGAAUCCGCUCGUUUGUGUGAGUGUAACAAAUUUUGCGGCUAGAACUUUUGCUCAUAGGCGAUCGUCAGAGUUCCUCAAAUUUUCAAGCGCAAUGUCUGUAUACGUGAAGAGAAGGAGUUCCUUGAGACAAUCGUUCAGUAGAUUACUGUCGAUGAAGCUUUUGCUACCUGUUAGGGUUCGUAGGUUAAAAGGCCGUUACUUGUUUCGAUCGGCGGUAAGGCGUGUUUUGGAAUAUAUAGAGUGGAUAAUGGAGGAGCCAGUAGUUGAGGAGACGACCGACGACGUGGCUACCAAUAUCAAAAUGACUGAGGAGAAGCAAAAGAGAGAAAAGAAGUUGCUGACAUUGAAGGACCGAUCGAUAUUGCUGGUGACUCCGUCCGACAGGUCCUCCGAGGACAAAGCGUACAUAUACGAACUCAUCAAGAAGCUGCGCGCAUUCACCAAGUAUCCGGAAGACGUGAGAGAGAAUCUGGCAGCGGUGUGUUUUUAUCAGUAUCUACCCGCUGAUCGAAUGAUCGUUCGUCGAGGUCGCAAGGCGAAUAAUCUCUACUAUAUCGCGAGUGGCGUAGUGAGCUUGAUGAAUGUCACAAUCGACGAAUUGACAGGCGAUGAGAAGGACGUGGACGUUGGUACCUUGCAAGCGGGCGACAUGUUCGGCGAGAUUGCGCUGUUACACUCGAUACCAAGAACGUCUACGGUGAUUAGCAAAACGUCAGUCGACUUGAUUCUCAUACCUCAGGACGACUUCGACAGCACCUUGCGCUACGUUCUGCUGAAGAAGUGGCACGCUCUUCGCGACGCAUUGGUCCACUUCAAUUACUUCAAAUGGUGGAGCGACGAGACGGCACGAGAAUGUUGCAUUCUGAGCAAGCUGAAGGACUUUAAAGCCGACGAGGUCCUGUUGGGCGACGGCACGGGCAUGGUGAAUUACGUGCAUUUCAUCCUGAAUGGCGAAUGUCGCCUCAUCGAGCACAUGCUCGUCCGCGAGUACUCCACCUACGGAGGAACACGAUACGAGCUGUACGAUCCAGACACCUCCAACUCGCUUCAACCGCAUCAUCCGAGAAAGCGGCACGCUCAGUCGCAAGCCGAUAACGACCGGUCGAGUAUUGUUACCACCACACUCGUCGACGUUAUCAAAGCGUGGCACGAGAUCACCGAUGUCGCGGCGAUGUUGAUGCAACAGCCGUCUGUCACGUCGCAAUUGCGUUACCCAGCUGACGUCCGGACCGUGUUCAUGCAGGUGUGCGUGUUCUCCCGGGGUGCGUGCUUCGGCCUAGGCGAGAACAUGCUCCAUCGGAGGAUCGUGGCGAUCACAUCGGUGCGAUGCCUGCUUAUACCGCGAUAUUGGUUGCUCGAGCAGAAUCGCGCUAACAUCUGGGGCCGCGUGAGACUGUUCAUCGACUCCAAGUACCCGUCGAAGAAGCAGCUUUUCGAUCAGUUCGUUCAGAAUCGAAGAUGGAUCGCGUACAAGCAGAAUUUGGUCAAGGAUGUUGUCAAACGACGCGAUCUUUAUCGCAGCAACACCACGAUACACGACGUGCCGUAUUCCAUCCGAAUUACUGAAGAUAUUAAAAUGUAGAUCCGAGGAUUCAAUUCUUUCCCAGCGACUUGUUGAACGGCGAAAGUGAUCGCGACGAAGAGAAAUAAAUCAAUAAAAUCUUGCAGGUGUAACUACUUAUGUACUGCUGAACCGCUCGCGUCUCACAACAGCAUCAAUUAUUUACGCUGAUGUAAUAAUAUAUUAAUAAUAAUAAUAAAUAUUAUCUUACACAUGUGUGUUUAUUAUCAUAAAAAUAAUCUGCCGAAAAUAUAAUAUAAAUUGUUAUCUAUUUCUGUUAUAUCUCAUAUAUAAAUCAACAUCAAUGAUAGGAAUGGAAAAGAGUAUAAAUACUGUAUCAAAGAUAGGAGAAAAAUUGUACAAUGUUAAUUUCUGACAUUAAGAGAGAGAGAGAGAGAGAUCUUGAUAAAAUGCUCCUAUUAUUUUACCUUCUCCCUUCUCUGGAAAUGGCACAAUAAUCGCGUGAUAAGUGAACAA